AUGCCCAUAGGCACACCAGAACAAGUUUUGAUAGCCCGUUUCAUUCAUGUUCACAAGACUGCCUACGCAACCAUUGUCCUUGCCCUUUUCGCUGGCGAGGCUAUGACGGCGCCGCUCAAACCCGGGACCUCGCCUAAUCCUGCUCUUCGGCGGAGGCAGGUCUUCUUCGUUAAUUGCACCACCCCGGGUCUCACGGACACAUGUAGCAUCUUCAAUACCCGUUGUGACCGUUGGGGAUCUCUGAUAACCGACUACCCGGCACUUUGCGGCAGGCCCAACUGUCUCUGUUAUGGUUAUGGUGGUUGUGACGUGAUCUGCCGUGCGGAGCUGGGCAUCGAGGAUGACUCCGAGAUUGAGGGGGACAUUAUCAGCGAGAACAUUGUUGAGCUCGAGAAGGAGAAAGGGAAGAAGGCUGAGGAUUCAGCUGAGCAGUAG